AUGGUUUCAUUUAGUAUUGUUACGUCUUCCGGUAGUAGGAGUAGUAGUAGUAGUUCAGGAACAAUAACAUCGAUACUGUCAAUAUUAUGGAGGAAAACGCGUCGAAAAGACGCAAAAGAGUCUUCACCACCGAUUGGAGGAGAUGAUAGUGAUGGUUCUACAGCCUCGGCAUCAAAUCAUAAUUCAUCUACAAAUAGUCAACAUUUAUUACCAUAUUUACGUCCAGAAGAUGCCAUAUUUACUCGAGCAGUAUCAGAAUCAAAUAUUACUGAAUUAAUUCGACAACCAGCUGGUGUAGAUAAAAAUGAAUGGAUUGCAUCCAAUAUUGUCUCAUUUUUUAAUCAUGUUAAUUUAUUGUAUGGUGCAAUGUCUGAUUAUUGUACUCAAUCCAUAUGUCCAACAAUGACUGGACCACAAAACAGUCAGUAUUAUUGGUAUGAUGAACGUGGUAGAAAAGUUAAAUGUUCAGCACCAGAAUAUAUUGAUUAUGCUAUGAUGUAUAUACAAAGACAACUGAAUGAUGAAACAAUUUUUCCAACAAGAUUGGAUCAAUUAUUUCCCAUUAGUUUUGAUGUACAUGUUCGUAAAAUAGUUCGUUAUUUAUUUCAUUGUGUUGCUCAUUUAUAUUCAUCUCAUUAUCGUGAUUGCAUAUCGAUACAUUUACAUCCACAUUUGAACAGUUUAUUUCUACAUUUUCUAACAUUUCUAUUUACUUUUCACAUAAAUGGUACGAGUUCAUCGACGACAGUAGAUAAUGUAAAUAAUUUAAUAGUGACAACUACUACACAAUUAUCACCACAAGAUAAUAAUAAAAAUGAUUUAAAGUCGGAUAUAGAUACAUUAGAUAUGCUUUAUCAAUUAUUAGCACAACGAUGGAAAGGAAUUUAUCAAGAAAAGUUAAAAGACAAUAUCGAUAAAACAAAAAUAACAAGUCAAAGUCAAUCACAACAUCAAUCACGUCGUAAAACUCCCACAACAUCGUCAAAUUUUCUUUAUGAACAACAACAGUUACAGACACAACAUACAUCUUCACUUUCUCGAACAUCAUCUAGAAAUGAUACUAGUUUAUCAAAUGCAAACAGUAAUGUUACACUGAUAUCACACGAAUAA